AACACAUCUAGGUCGGCUCGCCGUGAAUUUAGUUUCAGCAUGGGUAUUCGCUUUGCGAGCCCACUGCGAUCAUAUUUGAAACAUUUUUGGUCAAAAAAUGUAAAACGUGGCACGCCAUCCAGUUUUUAACAAAGUUUCCUUGCACCAGAUAUUGUGUUAGCGGGGUUUUAUCCCGUAAAAGUGUGAGAGCAUGUUCAAUAACACCAGUGUUAGUUCGUACAAAAGUACUAAAUCCAAUUAUGCGAGAAAAGACGUUGGAAGAAAGAAGAAUGAAAGGAAAAAUAACAAUAUUAAGGUAGAUACAACAGUGACACGACGAGGAGGUAUGUGGGGCGGGGGUGCGCAGUGUGUGCAUGCCUCGUUGCCACGAGGUGCGCGCGCGCAGCCAGCUCCCACACUCAGUGGCGCCAUCGCAAGCCGCCGCCCGCCCAGACCAACACCUCCGUCUCCUACCCUCGUCGCCCAAGUGGACUCGUCCGUAGCCUGUCUUUGGCUGCUCACCCCCCUCUCCGCUGGCACGGCAGUAGUUGCAGUACUAGUGGCAGUGUCUACUAACAACUGGCUUCACACUGAAGAGAAUAUGCUGAAUCCAGCAUAUAACGGAACGGGGCGACACAACCUCAUCGCGAAACACACAGUGUCUGGACUUUGGAGGAUAUGUCACACUGAUCCUGGAGGCUUGGUAUACAGAUGUGUGGAUAUACCCUACUUCCCUCUGUCACAGCACGCGCCGGAUCCGAACGAUUCUGCUAACGCGAUACCAUAUAUUGUAACCAGAUCGGCGGCACCUCUCCUGCUGGCAGUGCUCACACAGGCAGUUGCAUCUUUGUGUUGUGUUCUUGGACACUGCGUGAAAGGGCGACGACUAUGUACCUUCAUAGCUGGGGUGCUGUUUAUUAUUUCUGGUCUCAUCAUGUUGACUGGGAUCGUCAUGUACAUAUCGGUAUUCAAGUCACAAGUAGGCCACAAACUGUAUCACAUGACCUAUUUCAAUGCCCCUAGGAUGUCAUACAGUUACGGAUAUUCCUUUGCAUUGUACAUAAGUGGAUUUAUAGCAGUGGAAUUGGCAGGAACCUCGGCGAUUUUUUUAUUCUUACAAUGGUAUCAGAAAGAUUGGAUUACAGAGUUAUCAGAAAAGGCCAAAUCAGAUUGUCGAGCGUGGGAUAGGGAAUAUGCUUUUACAGAUUUCAGAGAAAGGGACUCAACUUUAUUGGAAAGGAGAAUUAUGAAGAGAGACACAUACCCACCCACCGGGUCAUCCGCUGCCACUCCUAGAGAAACAAGAAGAUUUGUGUUCGACGGGGAUGACGUACCACAUUGCUCUAUACAUAAAAAUAGAAAAAUUAAUUUAAGCUCAGGAUCGUUAAAAGACCUGUCUUCUUCAACGUUAUAUGGUUUUCCAGCAGCACCAAGGCCGACUGCAUGCGAUAACUAUUUCGAAGAAUUCAAAGAUGUACCACAAAGUGCUAACACGCUGAGUGGACUAAGAAGUGCGUCGAUAUUUCAGUCACAAGCCUCAGUAGCUAGUGGAAGAUUUUUAGAUACUUCCACAGUGGAGCCACCUCCUCCUUCUCGUGAAGAGGAGCUGGUCACGUUUGGUGCUGGAGCGAGAGGUGGGGUCCAUGACGACCCGCAGCCUUCUCGUCACGACCGCGCAGUUGGGACGGACCCUUAUCGAAGAACUACACCUGUCUGAUAUACAAAGCCGGGUCCUCAGCAUCCAGUCUAAAAGCAUAUCGAUAAGUGAUAAAGUAACAGUGCUUUAUGUACUAAUUACACGUAGAC